GAACUACCUACAAAAAAAUACACUUACAGUUUGAUCAAACUCUGCUCUUCGAAUGCAGCUUCUAACCUAGUUACUCGAAAACUGAACAAUCAAACGCUUCUCUUUCGUUUAUUCACCGAAAGAAAAAAACACUCUUUCUCCUUCAAUUCACCUUCACAGAAACAAGAUACUUAAACAAACUAUGGAGUUUCCAGAGCAACCUGAAAAACCCAACAACACCAUCACUGUUUCUGUCAAAGAAAAACCAAAACCAAAACGAUUCAUCAAAAACCAAAUCCCAGAUUCAAUCCUCAACGACCCACUUCUCAACGCCGCAAUCUCAAUCCUUCCUUCAAACUACUCCUUCGAAGUUCACAAAUGCGUUUGGCGCGUCCGUUCCACCGCCGCUAAACGCAUCGCUCUUCAAUUCCCUGAAGGUCUUCUCAUGUACUCUCUUAUCCUCUCUGAUAUCUUUACCACCUUCGCUGGUGUAACUCACUGUUACGUUCUUGGUGAUGUUACUUAUGGUGCUUGUUGUAUUGAUGAUUUCUCUGCUAUUGCUCUUGGUGCUGAGAUUCUUAUUCAUUAUGGUCAUAGUUGUUUAGUUCCUAUUGAUUCUACUAAGAUUCCCUGUCUUUAUGUUUUUGUUGAUAUUAAGAUUGAUGUUGAUCAUUUAGUUGAUACUGUUAAGUUGAAUUCUAAGGAUUUAGGGUUUAUGGGUAAAAGGGUUAUUCUUGCUGGGACUAUUCAGUUUGCUUCUGGGAUUAGGGCGGUGAAGCCUGAAUUGGAGAAAUUAGGGUUUAGGGUUUUGGUUCCACAGUCGAAGCCGUUGUCUGCUGGUGAGAUUUUAGGGUGUACUGCACCGAAAGUGGGGAAAGAAUUGGAUGAUAAGGAAGAGAGUGUUUUGGUGUUUGUGUCAGAUGGAAGGUUUCAUCUUGAAGCGUUUAUGAUAGCGAAUCCGGGGGUUAAGGCUUUUAGGUAUGACCCGUAUGUGGGGAAGUUGUUUUUGGAGGAAUAUGAUCAUGUGGGUAUGAAGGGGUCGAGGAAAAAUGCGAUUUUGAAAGCGAAGGAGGCGAGGAAUUGGGGCGUUGUAUUAGGGACUUUGGGUAGACAAGGGAAUCCUAAGAUUUUGGAGAGAUUGGAAAUGAAAAUGGGGGAUAAAGGAUUUGAUUAUACUGUGGUUUUGAUGUCUGAGCUAAGCCCUUAUAGAAUAUCUCUGUUUGAAGAUUCUGUGGAUGCUUGGAUUCAGAUUGCUUGUCCUAGACUCUCUAUUGAUUGGGGAGAUGCUUUUGUAAAACCAGUUCUGACUCCUUUUGAGGCUGAGAUAGCACUGGGAUUGAUACCUGGUUGGUGGGAGAAAACUCAGGUGCAGAAACAGGGUUGUGAAGAUGUUACAGGUUGCAAUAAGAGCGAUUGUUGCUCUAACGGUAGCUGCGGAAAUGCCAAGGCGACUGAAGAUUUUGGUGGAGAUUAUCCGAUGGACUAUUAUGCUCAAGAUGGAGGGGAGUGGAAUUCCUCUUAUAUGAAAAAGCCUAGCCGUCCUGCUAGGAAAAUUUCAGUAACUUCUGUCGCUAAUAGCGUCACUUCCCAAUAGUCUUAAAUUUGCUUAGCUGUUUUUGUUAUACAGUACUUAUAAUGCUUUGCUCCAAACGGCAGAGUCAAAUAGUUUAUUAUUUUGUUAUUAGCUUAGUCAUUUUUGAGAAGUAGACAGUUUUGUUCAUUCUUUGUCGAUAAGCUAUUCUUCUAAAAAGGGCAAGCUAGCAAUUUUAAGUUACAUGAUUCAAAUGCUUGUUGCAUUCGUGCAAACUAUUCGCAUGAACUCGUUUCUGCAGCCGUGCUUGUCUGCGGAGGAACUAAGAAAUAACAUUUCAAGAAUGUGUAAACCUUGAUGAAGACCUUGAAAUAGUUUAGGAUGAUGGGCCAUAUGGAGAUUUAUAUUGGUAUUCAAUAUAAAUCUUUAAGUUGAUUAUGAACAACUUGAUUAUAUUGGCACGUAGUUUUGAGUUGAUUCUUCUAGUUUUAAGUUGCUGCA